GGUUUUUACUCUACCACACAACACCAUUUGCAAAAAACUUCUCUCUGAAUCUCUAUCAGUGAGUUCUCAUAAAAUGAGAGGGGUGAUGAGUUUUGCCAUUUGGGCUCUCUUUGCUGCUUUACUCUCACAGCAGCUCUUUGCUUCUGUUGCUUCCAUAAGGUUUGAGGAUGCCAAAACAUACUACUCUCCUCCCUCUGGCUCACAUGGAACUCCUCCAUCACACACGCCUCCUUCUAACUGUGGAAGUCCACCUUACGACCCUACUCCCUCAACUCCAUCUCACCCUUCAACUCCAUCUCACCCUUCAACUCCUUCCACUCCAUCACACACCCCAACUCCAUCACACACUCCCUCACACACUCCUCCUUGUAACUGUGGAAGUCCACCUUCUCACCCUUCCACGCCUUCCCACCCUUCCACGCCUUCACGCCCUUCCACACCUUCACACCCAACACCUUCACACCCUCCUUCUGGUGGAUAUUACUCAUCUCCUCCACCAAGUACUCCAGUCGUUGUGACUCCACCAACACCCAUUGAUCCAGGGACACCCAUCAUUGGAGGAAGCCCACCAACUCCUAUCAUUGAUCCAGGCACACCCAUCAUUGGAGGAAGCCCACCAACUCCUUUCAUCCCUGCUCCUUUCCCACCAAUCACUGGAACAUGCGAUUACUGGAGAAACCACCCAACAUUGAUAUGGGGCUUGCUUGGAUGGUGGGGAACUGUUGGAGGAGCUUUUGGUACAGUGAGUAUUCCCAGUAGCAUUCCAGGGUUUGAUCCUCACAUGAACCUUCUUCAAGCACUUUCCAACACCCGCACUGAUCCCAUUGGUGCUCUCUACCGUGAAGGCACAGCGUCUUGGUUAAACUCCAUGGUCAACACUAGGUUCCCUUUGACAACUCCUCAAGUCAGAAACCAUUUUGUUGCAGGACUUUCCUCAAACAAGGCAGCCACAAAGCAAGCCCAUACCUUCAAGCUCGCAAAUGAAGGUCGUCUAAAGCCUAGAGUCUGAAAUUAAGAGAGUUUCAUUUUCUCAGUUUGUUCGUUGGUUUAUAUCAAAAACAAUCUUAAUUAAUUAUCUUAUCAUGUGUGUUGCUCAGUAGAGUUUUAAGUGUCCUAUAGUCUCUAGUAAUAUUUAUGAUGGAUACUCCUUUUAUGUUUAAUGUUUCUGUUUCAAAAAAAAAUUCUUGAUCUU